AUGGGUGAAGGAUCAAAAAGGUUGUCUGGUGACAGCAUGGAGUGCCUAAGUAGCGGUGUGUGGCCUUAUCACUGCAGGUAUUUCACCGACGAGGAUGGCCAACCUAACCUAACGCUCUUCUCGUUCGCCAGUCGUCGGGGUGUAAACUCCAUCGAUCUAGUCCAGAUCCUCGACGAUGAUUUGUCCGAUGUGCGAGCUGGGAAAUUGUGCGAGGCCUCUUGCAGGAUGCACGGCUUCACCACAUAUAUUGUAUCGCGCACAUCUUCCUGCUCGGCUGUGUGUGACGCACCCGCGUUGGGCGGCGGCGACGACGACGCGACACCGGCGCCUACUUUCCUACUUCAUACCCCUCUCUCGUCGGUGAUGUGCGAUGUGCGAUGUCUCCCGCCCGAAGUCGGCGCUAUUGUUCCUUCGGACGAUCCUUCAGCCCCGCAUGCGCGCGCACGCAACUCCACUCCCCACGCCACUGGGGAUCGUCGACGGCGGCCAUACAAACGGGAUUCGAAACGAGUUCAGGUUCAGCCGGUGGACUCUGGAGUCUGGAGUCGCCAGAAGUUAAACAGCACCUCCGAGACAUGGACCCCACCCCAGGGCCCACAGGACCAAGAGCGAAACUUGCCUGUUGAUCCACCGGACCACUGGUUCGACAUCCAAGUAUAGUACUACUUUAGAGUCUAGAUACUGUACAUAUUAUACACACUCUACUUGCAUGCUGCGUGCAUGGAUGAUGGAUGAUGGAUGAUGGGGGAGGUCUCUCUUUCAUCGGAGUUGUGCGGGCG